AUGGAGCCUGCCCCGCUGUUCCCUGGACCUGUCCCGGACUGGGUGGUGCAGAUGGAGGCGUACCUGCAGGAGCGGGAGCUGCCCUGGAAGGAGCAGAGAAGGGAGGAGGAGGAGGAGGAGGAGGAGGAGGAGGAGGAGGAGGAGGAGGAGCACUUUUUGCUGUGGUCCCAAAGACACCAUCAUCAUUCCAGCACCAAAGAAGUCCCACCCUCCAACUUCAAGGAUUACAGCCCAGUCGCACUCACUCGUAUGGACCACAUCAAGUCUGUUCUCCCACCAACCCUGGACCCAGACCAGUUUGACCAGUGCUUAUCGGAGAAAUGA